AUGGCGACUCGGUCGCUGCGCCACAGGUCGAGCCGCUACUCGAGUCCUGCGACAUUUGGUGAAAAAGGCCCUGCACCCAAGCCCGUCGAAGAGCCUCCGCCGAAAAAUGGGCAACAGACCAGUUUGGACGGUUGGAUCGAGCCAGCGCUGCGACCGCCGGCCCCGAGUUUUGAAGAUACAAGAGGCCUCGAGAGGGUGGGAGUGCUGGAGAACAUGCAGCCCCUAGGCACCGCGCCUUCGCAACGCCUCCUGCAGAAGUUGAAGUUGACCUAUGCCAGACCCUCGCCACGACCAACACCGGCACAGGUAGCGGAGGAGGUGGUCACACCCGUGACGGAGCCAGCAGAAAAGAUGGAUUUGGCGUCGCCCGUCGAGGAGGCAGUGGCAGAGCGGCCGUCUGCUGGAAUAUUUCACGAGCUUCCUCCUCCCCAUCAAGUGCCGCCCGAUACCAGCCUGAUCUCGAGUCCGCCACGAGGUCGGCCCGCAGGGAGACUCUCUGCAGAGUUGCCACAACCUGGCGGCCUGUCACCGUCGCCCAUUACGUAUCCGUUGGCUCCUGCCCAGCAUGUGUCACCAAAACCACUGUCGAUCCAGCAGCAAUUACGGCAAGACCGACUUCGGACUCAUGUGGAGCGCGCCAUUCAGGAAGCCCAGCAGAAGAACACGCCGGCUCUCGUGAAUGGUCUUCAGCGAAUCCGUGAGGAUGCUCACAUCAACUACGAUCUGUGGAAUGUCGUUGAGGCCAUGAUGAACAACUCGCCCACCCCAGGCCAGUUCAAACUCUUCAAGCGCUACAUCAAAUCUGGUGUCAAACAGCACAGAAGAGAGUCUGAAAUGUCCGCUAGCCCUUACCAUCCGUCUCCUCAGAGAUUCAGCGAGCUCACUUCGCCCAAUUACCGAGAACGCUCACCGAGACCACGUCACGCCCAGAUUCCUCCACCUGGCUAUCCCGAACAGCCACAUCCUAGGCUCAGCCUCUACUUCAGCGGAAAAGCACCCGCGGAUACAUACGGUUCUGAGGAGAUGCCCGUUUCGCCGUCCACGGUGCCGCCUCAGUUAGGCGUCUCUGAGCUAAGUACGAGGACGACUCGGCCAAGCGCGACUAUCUCGCCGCACAAACGAAAACGAUCAGGCAGUCUAUCCAGUUCCUCUUCACUGUCGUCGCCGCCGUCGGUCUUUGAUGGAGCGCCGAUCAACCUGUCCACAUGGAUGGAGCUGGAUGGCCCAGAUGGCAGUGGACAAUCGGGGUCAGCUGCACGGCGCCAAGACAAAAGCCGGGGCACAGCUGGCAGCAGACUCCGUUCAUCUGCCAGUGCCACAAAUCAUCCUGCUCAACCAUCGCCCGACCACUCCCAACUAGAGGCCGCGACUGCCUCGAGGGCCAACGCCAGCAAGCGAUUCAAGAAGGGACGAGAAGAAACCGAAUUCGAUAUCGAUGAGCUCUCUCGACGGAAACGAAAUUUUCUGGAUGACAGUUUCCAUGACUAUAACACCAUUCCUCGACCGGAAAGCAGCGAACGAGGGCCAAUUCACGGCCACCCAGAACGCCCUGUGGUGACCGACGAUCCACCUCCGCCCGUCAUUCACCCCAACCGACUCGCCGUCUCGCACGCGGCAUUCCCGUCUGCCUUGAGCGUACAGGCACCGGCUAGCGAUAUCCCCACCAACGGCACCGGCCGCAAGAGAGCCUAUGAUGAAGUUGAUGCCGAUGACCUUGACCUUACUUCAGCCGCAUCAUCCUCUCCAGGUCCGCUGCUUGUACCACCGCCGCCGCUGGGCGUGGCAAAGGCUGCGUCACGAGCCGCAACCCCAAGAGCGACCAGGCUUCAACAACAACAACAACCACCUGCGCAGAAGACUCGCAAAUCUGCGCGUGUGAUGGUAUCGCCCAACAAGCCCAAGAAUGGCGGAAUCACGGCGGGAAUUUCACGUGCGGGGCCUGGGCGUGACAGCCGUGAUGCUGCGAUCGGCAAUGCCAAAGGGGCGGAUUCAGGCGCAGAGGAUAAUGAUGAAUUUUGUGCGUCGUGCGGUGGCGAAGGAAAGCUGCUCUGCUGUGAUGGAUGCACGAAUUCGUUCCAUCAUUCGUGCCUGGAGCCCCCUCUAAACCCUGAGGAAGAAGUCGAAGGCGAAUGGUACUGCCCACGAUGCGUCGCCCGAAGAACCAAAGAGGCGCCUUCUCCGGCAGGUCUCUUGGGCAUGGCCAUCCGUCGAGUUGACGACAUCAUCCCCAAGGCCUACGCGUUACCUCAUGAUAUUCGCGAGUACUUUGAAGGGGUCCGCACGGGCGAGGAAGGCGAGUAUGAAGAAGUCGGUCUCCCGCGCACCCAGAACAAUGUCGGCAGGAUGAACCGGGCUGGCUUCAUCGAGGAGCCCAACUACAAGGAGACGCGCGACGGCAAAGGCAAUAUGAUCCGAUGCUAUCAGUGCAACCUGACCACCAAUGGACGCGACAUUAUCCCGUGCGAUUUCUGUCCUGCUAAAUGGCACCUGGACUGCAUAGAUCCGCCGCUUGCCGUACCGCCCAGGCGUCGCGCCGGUGAUAAGCCCGGUGCCGCGUGGCGCUGUCCGCUUCAUGUCGAUCAGGACCUCUUGUCUGUCAGUCGCCAAGCCGAGAAAGCUCCCGGCGACCUCGGUCGCAUUCCCAAACCCCGGAAGCCGAAGAACGCCAUACCUUGGGACAUUUCCGUCGCUCGCGGCUUUAGAAACAAUGGAGUCAUCGAGGUGGAGCUCAUGAAAGACCAGCCCGACGCCGGCAAAUUGAAGGAAUUGCAGAUGAAUGGCAGAGUCUAUCGUGUCCCAGAGAUGGGUAUCCGCCUGGACUUUAUCGACCGGGUCAAGAAGAGUUGGUACGAGGACCAAUCUUUCCCCAGACUGAUGGAUGCGCCCAAGAAGACCCGGAACCGGAAAUACCGUCCCGAUGGCGCCGUCCUUCAUCAUCCACCUCAGCAGAGCCUUAUCAAGAUCCGCGAGCCGGAUUUUUUCACCGGUGCAAAUGCCCUCGCCAUUACAGAGACUGCUAAAGCCAACGUCGCUCUGCGGAGACGUUCGAUUAGAGAACAGCAGACCGUAUUGAACCUCGCUCGGAUGUCCGAGAGGGGCAUCGAUGGAUAUUCGGGAGACGCACUAGCAGAAUUGACCAAUACCCUGAUCAGCGAAGCUCCCGAUAAGGUCGUGAGAGCUACGGAACGAACAGAGGUGGACCAAUUGCUACAACUCCAGGAGCUCAUCAACCGAAGACUUGCAAUUUUGAACCGAUUGGGCCCGGUAGAGACCGGACACUCGGGUAGAAGUGUGAACGGCAACCGGAUCCCUCCUGCUCAAGACCCAAACAUUGAUCCAAUCCUGCGAAGUGGCGGGUUCGACGUACCUCCACCGAAGACAUUUCCAGUCCAGGACUUGCCCAUCGACCCUGCCUUACAGUUCAGCGCUGCUUCAAGAACAAAGUUACUCAACGGUGACACACCAGAGUAUGGGGACGCGCAAGACGCGGAUGACGAGGCCGAAGCCGAGUUUCCACUUGGACCCUUUGCCGACGCCGGCAAACCCGCUUGGAUGGCGAAACGGGAGGAAAGUCUACAAUGGCCAGAUGACAGUUCGGUGUCCAGAAAGUCAACACCUGUAGGAUAUGCACGAGCAUCGAAACUCCUUGUCCCUCGGCACGGGUACGGCAAUGGGAAUGGGAAUGGAAAUGGGGCCGGGAAUGGAACCGGUACAGACGGGAUGGACGGGAUGGACGGGAUAGAGAUGGGUUCUUGA